GAAAAGCUCUAACUCGCUCACUCGUCGUCCGGCGUGCGUCCAAUUCACAUCAUAGUGAGGAGAUAUAAUACUCUCCUUUUUUCUUCCUUUUUGCAAGUACCCACACAUUAAAAAACUAACACAAAAUGUCUGGUCUCGCGGAUCCCGUGGCGUUCGCCAAAGAUUUUAUUGCUGGUGGUGUUGCUGCCGCGAUAUCCAAAACCGCCGUAGCCCCGAUUGAACGUGUCAAGCUGCUUCUUCAGGUACAGCACAUCUCGAAACAAAUCGCUGAGGACCAGCGUUACAAGGGUAUGGUCGAUUGCUUCAUCCGAAUUCCAAAAGAGCAAGGAUUCCUCAGUUACUGGCGUGGUAACUUUGCUAACGUCAUCCGUUACUUCCCAACUCAAGCGUUGAACUUCGCCUUCAAAGAUAAAUACAAGCAAAUUUUCUUGGGUGGUGUUGACAAAAAUACUCAAUUCGGCCGAUAUUUCGUUGGUAAUCUUGCAUCUGGUGGUGCUGCUGGAGCCACGUCACUCUGCUUUGUCUACCCACUUGACUUUGCCAGAACUAGAUUGGCUGCUGAUGUUGGUAAAGCUGGUGGUGAACGUGAAUUUUCCGGUCUUGGAAAUUGUUUGAGCAAAAUCUUCAAAUCUGAUGGUCUCAUUGGUUUAUACCGUGGAUUCGGUGUAUCCGUCCAGGGUAUCAUUAUCUACCGUGCCUCAUACUUCGGUUUCUAUGAUACCGCUCGUGGUAUGUUGCCUGACCCCAAGAAAACACCAUUCCUCGUCUCAUGGGGUAUUGCUCAGACUGUCACUACUGUUGCUGGUAUCAUUUCUUAUCCCUUCGACACAGUUCGUAGGCGUAUGAUGAUGCAGUCUGGACGUGCUAAAUCAGACAUGUUAUACAAGAACACUUUACAUUGCUGGGCCACCAUUGCUAAGACUGAAGGAAGUGGUGCAUUCUUCAAAGGAGCAUUCUCUAACGUUCUUCGUGGUACUGGUGGUGCUCUCGUAUUAGUACUCUACGAUGAGAUCAAAAAUCUUCUUUAAACAAUUUUCCGUUCCCCCUUUAUUUUAUCAGCAAACCCUUCACCAUCAUCAAUACACAAUCACGAUAUCAAUACAAUCUGAAAGUUGACACAAGUUAUUUUUAAUUUCUGUAUUAAAAACACACAGUUGUCACGCCCUAAUUAUAAAUGCGAUCAUAAACGUGUAAAGACACUAUCCAAAUGUCAACAAUUUCAUAAAUGAAUUCUCAAUAUUACGAAGAUCAGAUAGUGACUCACGAAGUGCAUAAAAUCUUGGUAUAAAAUAAUUGAAGUGGGUAAAAUAUCUUUAGAUAAUUUUUUUCUUUUUAUUUUAUUUUAUGUUUGUGUAUUUAUUGCCGGAUUCAGUAUUUUUAACAGUGGUUCCCGGCGCGCCAUCGACAAUUUAAAUAAAGAGAAAAAUAUUCAUAAUUGUAGUGGUUUAUCUGAGUUUUCAUGAUGCUUAUCGCGCAACACCUCGCUUGCGUAUACGAUCGCGGGCGUGGACAUUUGUGAAAUUGUUUGGCACGUCCUCCAACUGACGACUGCCUAUUAAAUAUAUAUUCAAACAAAAAACAUUAGAUAUAUUACGAAUUUAAAUUGAUUAAAACACAUCCAAAAGUGAGUAUCUAUACUCAAAUACGAAUUGUGCGCGUCAAGAAGUAUCAUCAAGACCAUUGGAUAAAGAAUCAUUUAUCAUCAAUUGAAGACUCUUCAACAUAGAAAUUCAAUGAAGAUUAACUGAUAAAAAUAAAUUAAACAAUACAAUCGAGAUAUUUACAAAGGACAGCGACGCACGUCAAAAUGACGGCGAUGGCGGGGAGUGUAGACGUGGGCUGCCCCCGCCCUUAUUUCGGCCCAUUGUAGAUAAUUAAUAAUUCAUAAGGAUAAUUGAUCAACAAUUAACUUGAAUCAAUCAUCUUUAAAAACUAUCCGUAAACAGUACACCAAGUUUAGGGGGAUAUAUUAAAAAAAAAACUACUUCGCAAUUCGGACAACGUGUAAAAUAAUGCGAAAUUAUUCUCAAUGUAUACAUCUAAUCUGUUCAUGUUAAGAUGUAUGCAAAUUAAAUGAAAUCAAUAAAAAAUAAAGCCGAAGUAAAUUUCAA